AUGACCUCACUAAACCAUCUCAUACUCAAAGAGGCACCUCUCUUAGAUCCCGCCUGGCUAGCGUACGAGGAAGGAGUAAAAGCCAAAGGCCCAAAGAAGACGUACGCAUCACCGCUCGACCGCCAGCCUAUCUACGCAGAAGAAUGCAGACAGCUCAACGCCCGCAUGCUCGCCCCCGGCGCGUCAUACCACCACCUAUCGAGCAUCACAACACAGCCACUCACGACCCCCUCGAGCCUAGACCAGUUCGCCAUCCCGAUCCUCCGCUUCUCCGACGACACCGACAACAACCUCACCGGCGACGAGAUCGUCAUGAUUUACUACCACGGCGGCGGGCUCUACGUCGGCGAGGCAGACAGCGAAGAGCUGUCAUGCAGACGCAUCGCCAAGGACCUGGAGGGCGCGACGGUGUACUCGGUAGGAUACAGACUCAUGCCCUCGUCCCCGGCCUCAACCUGCGUCUCCGACUCUCUCGACGCCUUCCACCACAUCCGCUCUCUACACCCGUCCCCCGCAACCAGACUCAUCAUCGUCGGCUCCUCCAGCGGCGGCCAGCUCGCCGCCGCCGUCUCGCAAGCCGCGCCCCGCGGAUCCCUCCACGGCGUUCUCUUGCGCUGCCCAGUCACCAGCGACGGCGGGAGCUCUCUGGACUAUGUGCCUCCUUCCUUGCGACACGCGUAUACCUCCUCCACCUCGCCGUCCUUCGUCACGAGUUUGUUGGGCGUCUUCUCGCGCGCUGUCCCGCGCGACGGGCUGGAGAGGAUGCCGCUUGAGGCUGGGGCGGAGACGCUGGCUGCGCUGCCGAGGACGUGGGUGCAGGUUUGUAGUAAUGACACGCUGUACUCUGACGGUGUUUGUUAUGCAUUGGCGCUUGCGGGGGCGGGUGUCGAGGUGAGGGUUGAGGUUGUGAGGGGGUGGCCGCAUACGUUUUGGUUGAAGGCGCCUUGGUUGACGAGGGCUAUCGAGGCGGAGGAGGAGAUGGUUUGUGGGUUGAGGUGGGUUCUUGGAGGGUGA